GUAAUUCGGCCGUCUGUGGCUUAAAAAUAGUCAAAACCCGUAAUUAUUUCUAAUUAUAUCCCGCGGAUAGAAAACGAGGUUAUCGUACCCCGGCGAAGCGUUUCGGGAAUAGGGGUUGGCUGUGGCUGUGAAUCGAUAGGUUGUUGCCAUCUACCGGAGAACGCCGUUCAAAUGUUCCGUUGAUGUUCGUUAGAUAAAAAUGAAUGCCAAACUAGUGAGCCACGCUGUUUUUAUCGCGAGAAAUGGGCGGCAUUCCGCCUAGUGCCUAGUGUGCGUGCGGCAAACAAAACGCCGAUAAAAAAAUCAAAUCCUCGGUGUUCGCGUGAAUGGAGUACUCGCAGUAGUGCACUCGGGCAGUGUUACGUAGUGGAUUAUCUAUCGCUUCUGUGGGAUGACCUUAAACAAUGGGAGAUAAUUAGAGAUGAAAAGACACUUGGUAUAAUUGCAGAACACAAUAGGAGGAUUUGCAUAUCCGUCGAUCUCGCCGGUUUAUCCUUACCUGUGUGAAUUAAUCAGAUUAAACGAGGAUAAAAGUAAAAUGACGGCAACCAGCGUGUUUAUAAUAAACUUGACCGUAAUUCGCUGCCUAACGGGCGAAUCGUGUUCACACUAGGAUGGCGCGGAAUCUUGGCCAUUCCAAAUUCUACGGCAUGUGAUCUAUUGGCAAGGAUCCUAGCGAGUUGGUGCUAACUCUUCUGUGUAAAUAAUUAAAAUUGAAGCUUGCGAUAGCGCGGACUGGCUUUUCAGUAUCCGAAUUUGAUUUAUUGAUACCAUCUCGAAUUUCGCCCGUGCGGGUACGUGGUUAUUCUUACGGGCAAGACCAGGAUUCGACAAACACGAUUUUUACAUGACUACUCUCGAAUCUCUAAUUCCAAGAAGGUCACGGUUAUUUUUAGAGAUGCAAAGGAGUAAGUUGAGGCAGCAGGUGUCCAUGUGCAUGCCAAGAAUAGAGAGAAGAAGAUACAGAAUAGCGUGCCUGGAGGCGACGUUGGAGCCCGAUGAUAUACCCAAGACCAACGAGCCUGUGUGGAUACUGGGGAAGAGGUAUAAUGCUAUACAAGACAUAAACAAAAUUCGCCAAGAUAUAGUCUCGAAAAUAUGGAUAACGUACCGCAAGAAUUUCGUACCCAUCGGCGGCGAAGAAGGACUUACUUCCGACAAGGGAUGGGGGUGUAUGCUGCGAUGCGGCCAGAUGGUACUGGCCCAGGCGUUGGUCUGGCUACACCUGGGAAGAGACUGGCUCUGGGAUCCGCAGACGAGGGAUUCGACGUACUUGAAGAUCCUCAAAAAAUUCCAGGAGAGGAGACAAGCGCCUUACUCUAUCCACCAGAUAGCGUUGAUGGGCGCGUCGGAGGGCAAAGCCGUCGGGCAGUGGUUCGGGCCCAAUACGGUAGCUCAGGUUUUAAAGAAACUAGUAAAAUACGAUGAAUGGAGUCGUUUAGCUAUCCAUGUCGCCCUCGAUAACACUAUAGUUAUUAAUGACAUCAGGGAGAUGUGUCUGCCGCAAUCAAAAAUUGAUGGUACAAAUUUAGUUAGAGAGUGGAAACCCUUGUUACUUAUAGUGCCUUUGAGACUAGGACUUUCAGAAAUUAAUCCUAUUUACAUCAGCGCAGUCCAGAAAUGUUUCCAAUUCAAGCAGAGCCUGGGGGUGAUAGGCGGUAAACCAAACGUGGCGCUUUACUUCAUCGGUUGCGUGGGAAAAGAGGUGAUCUACCUGGACCCACACAACACGCAAAAGACGGGAUUCGUCGAUAACAAGGAAACGGAAGAGCAGAUCGAACUGGACUUGACUUACCACUGUAAAUAUGCUUCUAGGAUAAAUAUACUCAAGAUGGACCCGUCGGUAGCUGUGUGCUUUUUCUGCAGAACUGAGGGAGACUUCAACGAUCUCUGUCAAAGGAUAAAAACGGAACUGAUAGAUCCCGAGAAGCAGCCGUUAUUCGAGGUGUGCUACAACAAGCCCAAAGAGUGGUCCCCAACUUUGGAAAAUGCCAUAGAAGCCGGACCUGCCUCUUUUGCAGAUUUCCAACCUUCGAGUCGGCACUUUGACUCCGACCAUGAAUUUGAAAUACUUUAGAAUAAAUUUAUACUCGUUUUUAUGUACACUUUGGUCACGACGUGGAUCGACGGCUAAAUUUAAGUAUCUAAUUUGCCCUAAGAUAAGAAAAGUGCUUUUUAAAGUGUGACCCGUUUCACUUUAAAUAAAACGCAUUUAUUUAUAUUGUAUAUACAAUUACAAUUCUAUGCUAUAGUUAUUUUGUAUGUUACG